AUGCUUGUCACGCUUGCCUUUGCCGUCUGCUUCACGGUGAGUGCUGCAACUUCGCAGGAGGGUGCUUGUGAAUUUGUGGAGAUCUCGCGCAGCGCGGGCCUUCUGCAGAGUGGCACCGUCCGUGAUUCCGACCAUGCCCAACCCAAGAAGCGCUUCUCCGAGUUGUCCUUGGCUGACCAGAAGGAGGUCGAGAAGCUGAUGCACGCCACCGAGGAUGACACCAACUUCGAGGAAUGCUGCCAAAAGAUCAGCAAGUGGUGGUGCACGUGUACCCGUGCCAAUGAAAUCCCGGCAGAUUGCGAUCCGGCUUAUGCUGAGUCCAUUGCUGAAUGCAAGACGAAGUACAGCUCAUCGGAGGAGUGCAAGGCACCUCCCGGCUAUCCAAUCAGCUGA